AUGGUAACAACUCAAUAUAUCGGGUUCUUACCGUUAGCCCAUGUUCUGGAACUACUGGCGGAGACAAGCUGUUUGAUGUACGGAAUCAAGAUUGGAUACUCUUCUAGCUUGACACUUACCAGUAAAUCAAGCAAGGUGAAGGCUGGAUGCAAGGGAGAUGCUAAUGUACUGCAACCAACUCUUAUGUGUUCAGUUCCGUUGAUCAUUGAGCGUAUCUACAAGAGUGUUGUAGACACGAUGAACAGGCAGGGUUGGUUUGUGGAGGAGUUGUUCCACUACCUUGUUAGUUAUAAAACAAAGUGGCAGGACCGAGGGUUUGAUACUCCUCUCCUCAACAAAACAUUGUUCAGGAAAAUCCGAUAUUUCCUUGGAGGCAGGGUCAGGUUACUACUCUCAGGUGGCGCCCCUCUAGCUGAGGAUACGCAUAGUUUAUGCCGAAGUUGCCUCAGUACUCCUCUGAUACAAGGAUAUGGUUUGACUGAAACUACAGCCUGUGCUACAACUGUUUCUCAGAGAGACAGGAUAACUGGUCGCGUUGGUGCCCCCUUGAUGAAUGUUGCCAUUAAGCUGGUCAACUGGGAGGAGGGGAACUACAGGGUUAAAGAUAAACCCUAUCCAAGGGGGGAGGUUAGUUAA